AUGGUGGUGGCCACGGAGGAAAUGGCGGUCUACUGCUUUGACACCCUCGUCGCCCACUACACCGGCGAGCAGCCGCAUCCUCCCGCCUUCGAGGAUGGAAACCACCCAUUGUUUGUGACCUGGAAGAAGGUUGCCAAUGGUUCAGAACCACGCCUCCGGGGAUGCAUAGGAACCCUGGAGCCCCGUCAGAUUGUCAGUGGCUUUAAGGACUACGCCCUAACUAGUGCCCUGAGGGACCGACGCUUUCCCCCAAUACAAUCAAAGGAACUCCCAACCUUAGAGUGCACAGUAUCUAUACUCACGGAUUAUGAAAUUGCAGAGGACUACCUUGAUUGGGAGGUUGGAAAGCAUGGUUUAAUUAUUGACUUUACAGAUCCAGACUACAACAUAAGACGCAGUGCAACCUAUUUGCCUGAAGUUGCGGGCCAUGAAGGAUGGACUCAUGCAGAAACUAUUGAUUCACUCAUGAGGAAGUCAGGUUACCAAGGUACCAUCACUGAGUCCUUGAGGAAGAAAAUCAAAGUCACCCGCUACCAGAGCACCCUGUACACCAUGCACUAUGGUGAAUAUGUUGCAUACCUCAAGAAGAAUAGAGGUGCAGCCCCGUCAAUUAGUGGGGUGCCUGCAGUUAAUGGCUUCAAGCCAGGCCAUUGA